GUGUGCAUACAACUUGCAAGAUGAAGUUAGAUCUACUUGUUCUCUUAUCUAUUUUUCUGUUACAAGCUGAUGCAGUUGAGUCUUGUACUGAAGGAUUCAUGAGUCAUGAUCUUCUCACUGCUAAAGCUGAGCAGAUCACUCCCAGUUUGGGAUCAUCGAUCACUACAUUAGCUGAAUCACAACCUACAAGAUGGAUAUUUGGGCAUCAUUUUAGACCAAAGUCAUCCUGUAGCAGCUCACAUGUGAUAACUGGACUCACACUAGGAGUGGACAUAAGAACAGUAACUGAGAGUCGUAAUGAAUAUCCUCUUUUUGAAAUAUGGAGGAUAAGUAAUGGCAAUUCCGCAUAUUUCAAGGAACAGAAUAUUUCUAUUGCACUAACCCCAGCUAAUUUUAGCACAAAUGGAACCUACAAAUUCAUGUUUCUUACACCAAUCAGUUUUAAUUCAAGCACUCGCUUAGGAAUAUACCAACCAGCCAAUGAUAGUAGUGUUGUUAGGUUUUAUAAAGUACCAAGUAACAACAAUGUACUAAGAAUAAAAGAUGCUGAUAUCAACAAUGAUUCAUUAUCAAUUUCUAAUUUUAUAUCUCAUUCUUUUGAUGUUCUCGUACACCCAAUAUCAGAACCAAAUGAUGACUGCUUUCGAGGUUUCUUAAGUCAAAAUGAUGUGAUUACAAAUAGCUCUCGUGUCACUAGCAUUACAAGGGUUACAAACAAAGUGAGAGCAUUCCCUGAUAUUCGGUUCACAUGUAAUGGAACAAUCAAAAACAUAAUACUGGGAACUUUAAAAGCUGAAAGUCAUCAUCCAUUAAUUCAGCUUAAGAGAUCAUCUCAACUGAUUGAUGUGUUACGUCUGAACAUUAUUAGUGCUACUAAUAUUAGCACUAAUUUGUAUAGCGUGAGUCUAAUCAAUCCAGUUGAAGUUAGGCCCAAUGAUAUACUAGUGAUAGAUAGUUCAAAUGAUGCACAAAUGUACUACCAGCAAUACAACGGACCACCCAAUUAUGAAUUUGAUGACGAUGACGAGUUAGAACUGGAACUACUAGACAAUACUAAUAAUUACCCACUGAUAUCUAUUGUAGCUAGUGCUACUACCUUAUCUCAAGACAAGAGCACAAGUGUACCUCAAGACAGAAGUACAAGUGUAUCUCAAGAUAGCAGCACAAGUGAAUUUGUAUCAGAUAGUAACUAUGUUAGUCUCAAUGUUGGUGCUACUACCUCACCUUCAACUGGUCCUGAAUCUCUUGCUAGUAAUAGUAACAUUGGUGUGAUUGCUGGAACUAUAAUUAGUGUUAUAAUAUUGAUUACAGGAAUGACAAUUUCGGUCAUUGUUAUUGUUGUUAUUGCUAGAACUAGGAACAAAAGAAAAACAAUACACCUAAGCAGUAUGGCAAUCACAAGAUCUGCCUCAUCACAGAAUGAUCAUGAUUAUACCAUUGUGGCAAGUGGCAGCUUUAGCACUGAAGGCUCCAAUAUGUAUCGUAAAAUUCAUGAUCUAGACUACAGCCAACCUGUUGAUAAUACAAUUAAGCAAGGGCUUUGUAAUCCAACUUAUUCUGAGCAGGAAGCACCAAAAUAUGAAGCAGUUCCUGAUCAUAAAAUAACAAGUCCUACAACUCCUGUUGUUAUUCCAAGUCCAAAUACAUUAGAAAACCCAAUGUAUACUGAUGAAAUUAUCUGUAGCAAUAACGAAAAAAAUAGCGGCAUAAUGAUACCACAAAUGUAUGCAGUUCCCAUAUCAAGUAGCCAAGCAAGAGCAGAUCACUCACAUGCACAGCUAUCAACCUCACCGCCACAAACUGUUCAAGAGGAACCACUUUACUGGAAACCUGGUGAUGACACAGAUUGUCUGUAUCAUCAGUUAUCAUCAAAAGGAUUCAGAGAAAUUGCAAAAAAAGACAUUCAAAUAAUUAAAGAGUUAGGAUCAGGCCAAUUUGGUACUGUCUAUGAAGGAAUGUGGUUGUCAAAGCCAGUUGCCAUUAAAACAUUAAAGAAUAGUUCAGUGGAGCAAGAUAAGGUCAAGUUUCUUCAAGAGGCAGCCAUUAUGGGUCAGUUUCAUCAUCCUAACAUUGUCAAGUUACAUGGAAUGGUCACUGUUGGAGAGCCAUUGAUGAUAGUACUGGAGUUAAUACCUCAUGGAGACAUGAGACAAUAUCUUCACACUCUACAACCACAACGAGGAGAACUGGUAGCAUCAACAGUACCAGGUCUACUGCUCAGUUUCUGUCGUCAGAUUGCUUCAGGUAUGGAGUACUUGUCUAAGAAAGGGUUUGUACACAGAGACCUGGCUGCUAGGAAUAUACUAAUAGCAAAGCAAGGAUUAUGCAAGAUUGCUGACUUUGGAAUGUCCAGAGAUCUUGAAGAUGAAAAUUACUAUGUUGCUCAUGCAAGCCGGAUCCCUGUAAAAUGGACAGCUCCAGAGGCAUUGAACUACAGACGUUAUUCCAGUGCUAGUGAUGUAUGGAGUUAUGGUGUAGUAAUGUAUGAGAUAUGGAGUCUGGGACAUAAACCGUAUGAUAAAAUUACCAAUCAACAAUGUAUAAGCCUGAUUAAUUCAGGAUUUCGUCUUCCUCCUCCUCCUGGUUGUCUCAGGUCUAUAUAUGAGAUGAUGAUACAAUGCUGGCACCCAGAUACUGGUGGUCGUCCUACAUUUGCAGAUCUGGUAUCAAGAUUGCUUCUCUCUGAUGUUGAGUUGUUAAAUGAAGUUUCAAAGGAAGAGGAGAGCACAAUUGUGGGUGGUCCACUAGAAACUGCUUUUGACCUAUAUGAUAACUUGCAAAAAAUGUACACAAAAUGAUGUAUUGUGUGGUGCUUGUUUAAAUUUUUUUACUUUGUCUUA